AUGCCGACCAAAGCUGUCGCAAUUGUUCACGCCGUCGUAUCAACUGUGAUAGAACACUACCGCACUGCCGGAAAUGCGUCAGAGAUAACCUUGAAUGCUAUGGCCUUGAUGGGACGUUUCGGUGGAUGGCCGAGCCGAUCAAUAGGCAACGGCGGACUGAUCGGCCCCGACGAACGAGCCGGCUCACCGUCACGAGCACCGAGUCAACUGACUCGCGGAAAUGAUGGCAGUUCUCCCGCUCCGCCUAGCCCGUAUCCCGAACAGCCACUCUGCCAGCCCGAGCACUGGGUAACCAACUUCUUCGCUGAGCAAAUCUCGCCGUGGAUGUGUCCAGUCCUCCAAGCCGAUAACGAAUGCAAGAUGCAUCUCCUCCCCCUCGCAAUGUCAUCUCCACUCGUCUUCGAUGCCGUCGCCGCAGCUGCGUAUCAUCGCCUCGCAUACUACGGCAAUCCCCAGUUCACCUCAAAGGCCGAACACUAUAAGGCCUCCGCAAUCAGGGGUCUCAUAACUGGCGCCCGCAGCGUGUGCACACAGUCGGCUUCGUCGUCGGAUCAGCUGUUUGCUGCUGCGACACUGCUCAUACUCAUGUAUGACGAGAUGAUAGCGGCGCAGGAUACUUUCGUCACGCUUGCCCGCAUCAUCGGUAACAUGCGCAAGUUUGUAGACUUUUCGAGCCUGGGUGGCGGUGAGAAGCUUCAGAGGUAUCUGGCGGAGCAGUUUGGCUUCUUGACGAUAUUCUCUCUUCCUCACACAGAUGAUGAUGACACAGCCACAGAUCAAUUGAGAGCAGCCUUCAGCUUUGUCGAAGAAUUCGCCGCGUCAUGCGCACGCGACAAGCACAAUCCGCCCUUUUUAGCGGAAUGUUUCAAAACGAUCCUGACAGUCUGGCAUGGCCAAAAGCAUAACAGCCCAAGUUUCAAUGUCAGUCUUGUCAUGGAGGACUUCAAGUCAAAGAUCGAAGCAACAAGCGACAUAACGGUAUUUGACCACUAUCUCACCUGGGUGUACUUCAUGUCCUCGGCAGCGUCUCCAAACGCACCGCUGCUUAUGCCUUCUGCAACUGUGAGCUCAGGCUUUGCCCGGGACAUUGGGGACACAGUCUCCAACCACGCUGUCAACGGCAAUGCCACUAGCACUGGCACUAGCAAGCCCCAAUGUCGCAAAGUCGAUGUUGCAAUCAUUGGAGGUGGCUUCUCAGGCUGCUAUCUCCUACACAAGCUCCGCAAACAAAACGUUAGUGCUGUCAUCAUAGAAGCUGCCUCGGGUCUCGGAGGUGUCUGGCAGUGGAACUGUUACCCAGGUGCAAGAGUCGAUACCCCAGUUCCUCUUUACGAGUACUCAAUGGAGGAGGUAUGGAGGACUUGGAACUGGACUGAGAAGCUCCCAACUGCAACCGAGCUUCAGAAGUACUUUGAACAUGUCGAUAAGGUGCUUGAUCUCAGCAAGGACGUCAUCUACAACACAAAGGUCACAGACGCUUCCUUUGAUGAUGCCACGAGUACGUGGGCAAUCAAGACAGACAAGGACAUCGAAAUCCAUGCUAACUGGUUUGUCCCGGCCGUGGGCUUCGCCGCCAAGCGAUCAUUCCCCGACUGGCCUGGCUUGGAAGACUUCCAGGGCGUCAUUCACCACUCGAGCUUCUGGCCACGCGAUGGCGUGGACCUGCGGGAUAAGCGUGUAGCAGUCGUUGGUACAGGAAGCACAGGUGUUCAGAUUGUGCAGGAGGUUGGUCCCCAGGCCAAGUCCCUGGUUCUCUUCCAGCGCACUCCAAAUCUGGCUCUGCCGCUGAAUCAGGCCAAGCUCGCCAAAGAGGAACAAGAUGCCGAAAAGCACUCGUAUCCCGAAAAGUAUGAGUCGAGGCUUCUCAGCAAAGGGGGUUAUGACUUUAGCCCAUCUGACCUGCGUACAUUCGAUCACAAUGCGGAAGAGAGGAGAGCAUUUUUCCAAGAUAAAUGGGACAAGGGCGGGUUUCACUUCUGGACUGGUGCGUACGGAGAUCUUCUGACGAAUCUUGAAGCCAAUCGCGAGGCCUACAGCUUCUGGUCGAGCAAGAUCCGCAGUAUGAUUAGAGAUCCUGUCAAGAGAGAAGUGCUAGCACCGUCAAAAGCGCCUCAUCCUUUCGGCACUAAGCGCCCAGCGCUCUUUCGCAACUUUUACCAGGUCUGCGAUCAAGAAAACGUCAGCAUCGUCGACGUGAACAAGACCCCAGUGACAAAAGUCCUCCCCAACGGUCUCGUCACAGCAGACGGCGGGAUCCACGAGAUCGAUGCCCUCGUUCUCGCCACUGGCUUCGACGCCAUCACAGGCGGCCUCAAAGCCAUAAACAUCACCAACAGCGCAGGAGAGACACUUUCACAGAAGUGGUCAAAUGGAACGUGGACAAACCUCGGCCUGAUGACAGCCGACUUUCCAAACAUGUUCUUCAUGUAUGGGCCCCAAGGACCAACAGCUUUAUCCAACGGCCCAACAUGUGUUGAGAUCCAAGGCGAUUGGAUCGUUGGAGCUAUAGUUAGUGCAAGGGAGUCGGGAAAGCAGCGCAUGCGUGCGACUGUGGAGGGACAGGAUAAGUAUAGAGAGCUGGUGAACGACAUGACGGCGAAUACGCUCUUUCCCAUGGCCAAUUCCUAUUACAUGGGCGCCAAUAUCGAUGGGAAGCCGAGGGAGGCGCUGAAUUUUCCUGGUGGGAUUCCGCUGUAUAGAGAGUUACUCGAUGACGCUGCUGAGAAGGGAUACGACGGAUUUGAACUUAGUUAG